AUGGGAUCAUAUGCUCGGUUCAAAUCUGCCCAUACGGCGGAUAUCAAGGGCAAAGGAAUUUCAUAUGAAGAUGAUGAUGCUCCGAUUCAACUAACGGAACAGGAUGAAGCAUUUGUUAUCAAAGAGUAUCGUAUGUCUCUUAUUGGGAAAGUCUUAAAUCCCAAAAAACAAGAUGUCGAGAAGCUUCUACAGAAGAUGCCUCAACAAUGGGGACUUCAGGAUAAGAUUACUGCCAAUGACUUGGGAAAUGGCAAGUUCCUUUUCAAUUUCACCUGUGAAGAUGAUCUUAACUUCGUGCUUCGACAGGGGCCAUUUCACUAUAACUACUGCAUGUUCGUGUUGGUACGAUGGGAGCCUAUUGUCCACGAUGACUACCCUUGGAUUGUUCCUUUUUGGGUUAGGAUUAUCGGCAUUCCGCUACAUCUCUGGACGGACAGGAACCUGAGGAAUAUAGGAGGAAGACUUGGCCAUGUUGAUACAAUUGACCUUUAUGGGGGGAGGUUAUUGAUAGAUAUUGACUCAAGACGUCCGUUAAAGUUCUCAAGAAAGGCAGAAAAUGCAGAAGGAGAGGAAGUUACCAUUGAGUUCAAGUACGAGAUGCUGUUCAAGCAUUGCACAGAAUGUGGUUUCAUGACACAUGAGAAGGCUCAAUGUCCGACUAAGGAGGUAGAUCAAUCACUCAGUAACCGUGGUGAUGUGUUUACUCGAGUUCAAUUGCCUGCUGAUCAACGAAUCACUCAGCCUUUGCUGGGGAAUGCAAGGAAUAAUGAUUAUCACUUUUCUUAUCAACCACUACUGGGAAAUCAACAAUCGAACACUGAUGUGAGGCAGUUUUCGCGAAUCCAUGAUCGGAUUCAACGACCAUACUCCUACGCUGCGGAGAGUGACCGAUAUCAGCCUGCUAAUGUGGAGAAAAAACGCGGAUAUGGAGCUAAUCAGAGCUCGCAUAGAGACCGAAUCAUCAGGGGAAGAGAUGAACGGAAGGAGAGUCAUAUCAACUACUCUCGCCAUGGGGGUAGACCGUAUGACCGCAAACCGGAAGGCGUCUGGCGGGAAAAGAAAAACAGGCCUCUACAUAUGGGAGAUAAGAAGAACAUGAUGCCAGGCGCAAAAGAGGUUGUUCCCUAUGAACAAUCAGAGACUUCAAGAGCUGAUGAAAGACGCCCCAAGUUUAAUAAGAGCAAGGACAAGAGACCCAUCAAUGAUCAGAGGAGGGAGGAGGAACCUAAGCCCAAACGCCUAGCGAGUACUAUUGUUACGCCAACAGCUACUUCUACUGAUCAACUAGCUAAUGUUACGAUUAGAAGCCUUGCUCGGACUUUAACAUUCUCACCAGCUAGUCUUCAGGUGGAGCUUAAUGGGUUAGAGAAUAAUCAAAUCAUCGGGGCACUAGAGGAUAUGGAGAUUGUUGAGCAGCAGGAUGAUGGUACGAUGGAGUGUGAGAUUCAAGAUGAUGAUCUAUUGGGGGAUGAGCUCAUGGCAAUAGAGGCGACGGAGACAAACCCGAGGACAGAGGCAAACUCGCGAAUCGAAGCUUCUCGUGCCAAGGAGGUCAUGAAAACGAACCGAAGUGCCAAGAGUUCUAAUCGGCCGAAUGCUCCUUUGGGUAUUCUGAACAAGAAAGCUGCCUUCCUACGCAGAGGAUCCCCGCGUGCACGCUCCAGUAAACCUGCUGUCCAUAAGGCAACAUAUCAGGAUAAUAAACAUCGACAUUAUUCUAAGUCUGGCAGAAGCAAUUCGAGACACAAUGAUGGUUUGGUGGGUUCCAAAAACUCACCAAAACAUUAUCAAUGA